AUGCCGCUAUGUGAUGACGACCACACCUGCCUCCGGCGUCGCUUCCGCCUCCGGGCCCCCCGCGGAGGCGACCGGCCCCCCGCCCGGCGGGACGUGCGCCGACGAGCCUCACGGGGGUCUCGGAGCCGCUCCACCGUGGCGCUGACCCCUCGCCUUCCCCACCCGCUCCGAGGAAACCGCGACCACCGCGGCUGGCGGCGCAGGCGGCAACCGGCAGUCGGAGCGUCGAACUACCGGGCCCAGCGAGCUCCGCGGCCACUUCCGCCGGCGGCCGCGCGUCCGCACGCCCCGCGGCUACGGGCCCGCCCCGGGCGCGAUCCCGGCGGCGCGUCACCCGGGCGGCGCCAGCCAAUCAGCGUGGGACAGGCGGCGGCUCCGGGCGGGCGGAGCGGCGGCGGCGGGGCCGGAGGCGGCCCGGGCGGCGGCCCCGGCGGCGGCCGCAGCGGCCUGCUGGAUAAGUGGAAAAUUGAUGAUAAGCCUGUAAAAAUUGACAAGUGGGAUGGAUCAGCUGUGAAAAACUCUCUAGAUGAUUCUGCCAAAAAGGUACUUCUGGAAAAGUACAAGUAUGUGGAGAAUUUUGGUCUAAUUGAUGGUCGCCUUACCAUCUGUACCAUCUCCUGUUUCUUUGCCAUCGUAGCUUUGAUUUGGGAUUAUAUGCACCCCUUUCCAGAGUCCAAGCCAGUUUUGGCUUUGUGCGUCAUAUCCUAUUUUGUGAUGAUGGGGAUUCUGACCAUCUAUACCUCAUAUAAGGAGAAGAGCAUCUUUCUGGUGGCCCACAGGAAAGACCCUACAGGCAUGGAUCCUGAUGAUAUUUGGCAGCUUUCCUCCAGUCUCAAAAGGUUCGAUGACAAAUACACACUGAAGCUGACCUUCAUCAGUGGGAGAACAAAGCAACAGCGGGAAGCUGAGUUCACCAGGUCCAUUGCUAAGUUUUUUGACCACAGCGGGACACUGGUUAUGGAUGCAUAUGAACCUGAAAUAUCCAGGCUCCAUGACAGUCUUGCCACAGAAAGAAAAAUAAAAUAGCCAAUUCUGAAAUCAGCCCUCUUUCUGCUGGAUCAUGCUGAAUUAUUGGGUGGGUGAUUGGGGAGAAACAAAUUAAAAUGAGUCAAGUAAGAUGCUAAAAAUGUCCCUGUUUUGUCCUAAAAAUUCAGUCCAUUCUUGAAAAUUAGGAUUUUCUAGCACAGAUAUGAGAAGUUGUAGCUCUGAUGUCUAGCUGUAGCUUCCUUGGUCUGCUUAAUGUGUUCUGAUUUGCUUUUCUGGAAAAGCAUUUUUGCUAAAAGCUGUACAAACUUUCCUUUGUACCUAGCAGUACUUUGUAUAGUAUAGCUUUGUGCCAUGCAGCAUUUGAAGAUUCAGUUUUUAAGAAUUGUUAACCUGUUGCUGACAGUGUGUUAAUUCCUGCUUUAACAACUGUUUUCCUGAUGGAUUCAGGACACAACUUGUGUGUGUAACAGCGUUCCUUCACACACCAUUUUUAUGGGUGUGUGUAUAUCUGACUUGGAGAGAUAUAAAAAAAAAGCUUUUGAGUUUGUUUAAGACAGACCUUCUGCCUGUUACAUUUGUGCUCUUAACCAAUUAAAGAAGCCAAUAGCAUUUUUAGUUUUA